AUGAACUGGAAAAAUGAUCCGGUCAAGCCCAAGCCAACACGCUUUAACUUGGGCGGCCUUAUCAAGAAGAAGAUCACCUGGCGCCGUUCUAUCGACUCGUUGGCCACUUCCAUUGACCAAUUACAACUUGAUUUGACACCAGAAGCAAACUCCUCCGCCUACUUGUCUUCCACAAACCAACACGAGCUUUCUCUGCCCGAAUCAACUGUCCACGGCGACUCCUCCGACGGGGGUUUCUCGCAGCCGCUGUCUGCGGCCACAUCCACCUCGUCGUAUCCUCCAGCAAAGAAUUAUACCCAUGUUUACCACACCGAGGAACGCUACACAUCAUUCACAACGGAAUGCAUCUCACUACUGAACAGUGACAUGACGCUGCACAUGGACUAUGGCGAAGACGCCGACGCUGAUGACGAUGAAGACAAUGUUGACAACGGACUCUCAGGACUUGCUCCGUACCGGACAAAGUCCAUAGAUUAUACUGACAGUAUCGUAUAUGAUCCUAAAGCUGAAGAAUGCAUUUCGGAUUAUCGUUCCGGCGGUUAUCAUAUGGUCAGAAUAGGCGAUCAGUACACGUCAGCCCUGUCAAAGUACCAAGUGCUUCGGAAGCUCGGGUGGGGCCAUUUCUCCACGGUCUGGCUCUGUAGCGAGCUUGGAACCGGUCGUUUUGUGGCCCUCAAGAUUGUCAAGCUGGGCCGCAACUAUUCCGAAGCUGCUAAAGACGAAAUCGCCAUUCUCAAUGGCCUUCAAGGCGAGAAUUGCGAAUACAAUGACUGCCAGAGCCUACAUGACAAGGCGUUGGCAGAUGGGCACAUGGUUAAGUUGCUUGAUGAUUUCGUCAUCAAAGGAGUUAAUGGAGUUCACACUGCUAUGGUAUUCGAGCUCAUGGGCGAGAGCAUGUUGCAUUUGAUGUACAAGUACAAGGCAAGCAGGCACACCAAUCGCUCGCUAAAGAACAAGGGCCCUCAGCACUUGCUCAAACUCGACAUGGUGCGUCUGAUUGCACAACAACUUCUCGUUCUGAUGGACUUCAUGCAUCGCAAGGGUAUUGUCCACACUGACUUGAAGCCCGAGAACAUUCUCAUGACCUACGACCGCAAGAUACCGGAGUCCCUCCACCAAAAGAUCAGAGCGCCUCUGCGGUUCCAAGUUCUUCCCUCCCAGCCCUUAGUUACCUCUCUCGAAGAUAUUGAGGCAUCCCCAUUGACGGUCAAAGUGGCAGACUUAGGAAACGCAACAUACUCCAACCUUCAUUUCACCAACCACAUUCAGACACGCCAGUAUCGUGCACCUGAAAUAAUUCUUAAGCACUGCAACUGGGGUGCACUGGCAGAUGUGUGGUCUGUUGGCUGUCUCAUCUUUGAACUCAUGACUGGCGACUACCUCUUUGAUCCGCAAGAGGGCCUGACCUUCACGAAGGACGAAGACCACUUGGCCCAGAUCAUCGAGCUACUAGGCGAGUUCCCAACGGAAGAGUACCUUAGUGAAUGCGAACUCGCAUCUGCAUACUUCCGUGAUACUGAGACGUUGGAGAGCAUUCCAUCAUUGAAGUUCUGGUCACUCAAAAAGGUGUUCAUCGAAAAGUACAAGUACAACUUCGACGACGAUAACGUCAAGUUAGCUUGUGAUCUCAUUCUCAAAUGCUUGAAAUUUGAUCUGGCGGAACGUUACGAUUGUGGCUCACUUUUGAAACAUCCGUGGUUUAAGUCAAACGCAAAGUAUGUCCAGCACGAAGUGGACAUGCUCCCCAACAACAACACAGAAAUCCGUGGGUUCAACUGUGAAGAGUGA